CACCGAAACGGUCAGGAACCCGGUUCACUUCCGAAACCAUAACCAUUUCCACCACCUCUUCCCACCUCCACCACCUCGUCCUCCUCCGCCGCGGCCGCCUCCUCUGCCACCAGCAGCCGAACCUCCGGACCUGCACCACCGCCGCCUCCUUAAUGUCCUUCCUUGAUGAAUUUCAAGCAGACCUUGAAGCGUUGCCUAACAUACUGCAGAAGAAGUACGCGCUGUUGCGUGAUCUCGAUAAGAGUUUAGAGGACCUCAAAAGACAGAAUGAGCAACGUUGUGAGCAAGAAAUUGAGGAAAUUAAGCAGGGUGUUAAGUCAGGUAACACGUUCUCAGAUGAAGUGCUAGACGAGCAAAAGCAUAGCAUAAGGAUUGCCGAUGAGAAGGUUGCUUUGGCUGUCCAUGCGUAUGAUUUGGUAGAUACACACAUACAACAGUUGGAUCAAUAUCUGAAGAAGUUCAAUGAGGAGCUCCGACGUGAUAAAGAGAGUGUUCCUCCGGAGGGCAUAUCUAGUUCCGGUGUCGAUGCUCCCCCGAAGUCUGGCAGGGGUAGCGAAUCUGGUAGAGGAGGACGCAAGAAGACUCGCCUGGCUACUGCAGCAGCAACAGAAACCACUAAUGCAGCUUCCACAAAUCCUCCCGGUAUGGAAUUGGAUAUACCCAUAGACCCUAAUGAGCCCACGUACUGUUUUUGCAACCAAGUUAGCUUCGGAGAAAUGGUCGCGUGUGACAAUCCCGAUUGCAAGAUAGAGUGGUUCCAUUAUGGCUGCGUCGGACUGAAAGAUGUGCCGAAAGGAAAAUGGUAUUGUUCGGACUGUGCAGGUCUGAAGAGUCGCAAGAAAGGACGACGAUGAUGAUAUAGAUUGAUGAAGAGCUUGUUUCCAGUGUAACUUAGGAUUUGUACAUUCUGUACUAAAUCUUCAGCUUUAGCCGGUAGUUGUGGUUUUAGUUGGAUGAAAUUGAAUCCUAACCUUGUUGUCACAUUUUGUAAAAGUUUGUCUGAGAAAACUAGCUGACCUUGUUGUACUUAUUGCCAAUGCAAAAACCAAAUCUUUGACAGAAAAA